AUUAAAUUCAAGAUUUCCCAAGUACCAAAAUAUAUGAUUGGAGGAAGAGGAUGUCUUUUCUGGUUUCAUGAGCCUUAGGCAUGAGUCUUUUGAGCCCCGCGCUACGUUGACGUCACACUUAGCUGUCAUACUGUUUCAGCCACAAGUCCAGAUUCCUGUGCUUAAUUAAUUAAACUGAUUACUGAACGAACCUCCCAGAGCAUGUGAGACCACAAAUAACUAACUGGUUGUAGCUAUAGCCCCAAUAAGUACUUCAACUCCCCAUCACGACAAUCUCCCUUGGAUAAUAGUCACACGAAAAAGUACACUCUCAGUCAUGGCUCCGCAACUAUUUCCCAAGAACCCAUCCGAGGUGAUGGUAAUCCGCAAUGUGACGUCGGACGUGAUAACAAUGAGCUUGCCAUUCGCGAGAUAUGGACGUUUAAAGUUCGGCGGACGAGGAACUCUAGUCAAGUUGGCAUCCGGCGCUAUCGCAGUGUUUUCCCCCGUCUCCCUCACACCAGAAGCCCGCGAGGCCGUCUCAAGUCUAGGUGGCCAUCUCAAGUACAUCGCAGCGCUGGACCUCGAGCACCAUAUCAAUAUCACGUCGUGGAAAGAGGCGUACCCGGACGCCGAGAUCAUUGCGCCCGAAGGCCUCUACGAGAAGCGGCAAUCCAAUUCCGAAUACAAGGAUACUCCGUUCCAACACGUGUUCCGCAAAGAGAACCACGGCCAGCAGAGAAUCUCCGAUGAGUUUGACUCAGAGUUUGAGGCCGAAUACGUGUACGGACACCCGUCACGGGAGCUCGUGUUUCUGCAUAAGCGAUCGCGCACGCUCAUCGAGGCGGAUCUCUUAUUUAAUCUCCCCGCAAGGGAGCAGUAUUCGAAGACGGGUGAAAGCGCCACUUCGGGACUGCUUACCAAGAUUAUCAGUCCGUUGCUGUCGACUAAUGCGCCUGCAACAUGGCAGAAAAGGUUUGUGUGGUAUAUACUGUCGAGUGGCGACCGGAAGGCCUUUAAUGAAUCAGUACGGCGCAUUGAUAAAUGGGAUUUUAAUCGCUUGAUUCCCUGCCAUGGGGAUGUGGUUGAGAGUGGGGCUAAGGGGGUAUUUCGGACGGUGAUGGAGUGGCAUUUGGAAGGAAGGAAGAAUAUCUGAUUAUCUUUUUUUCAUGUCUGUCGGUUUUCUCUGCUAGUGCGUUCUAUACUCGUUAUGUGUUAAUGCGAGCGUCAGACUGUACUACUACUACUACUCUGGACUAUUGAUAUGGGAUAAUCAAUGUAAUUGUAUCAUGCCACAUGC